CGCAAAGCGUGCGCGGGGUUGGAUCCGGCUUCCCGCGGGCCUCCGGAAACCCUGCACCCAAAGUCCCAGCCCUCGGGAGUGAGUUCGCGGCAGUGGAAGUUGAUAGAGGGUGUCUGGUACUACGCCCCUGACAUCGGCGGGAGAAGGAAGCAUUGCACCCCUAAUCUGGAGGAGAGUCAACGUGGGGGUCCCCUGCAGGAAACCGGGGCGAGGCAGGGGUGUGGCCCUGAGGGCUCGGCGCCACGGAGGCGCUCCUGCACGUGUUGAGAAGUUCGGAACCUAGAGGUGAAGUUUGGGGCUCACGGGCAUCGGACAAUGUAGUCGCCGUCGAGGAGACCAGUUCCGAGCACGCAGGCCGGGUUCGGUGGUGCGCCGCGCAAUGGUGAGCAGGACUGCCCUUUGUGCUGACCCGGGGGAGCUUCACCGCAGCAAUGCGGGGCCUGGGCGCUCAGUGACCGAGGUUCUUAGAGGUGGGCACCAGCCAGUGGCUAGAAGCAGGUGAAACAAGGCAGACACCUUUGUAUCUCCAACCAGAUACUACUGGACAAUGGCCACUGAGCCAAUGGUGACCAGCUCCCUGAACGCUGUAGCCUAGGCUUUCAGAGAACCAAAGGUGUCCUCAGUUGUGGACACCUUGGAGCAGAUAUAUUUAUCCCAGGAGGAAGCCACGUCAAAACCUGGGGCUUCUGCAAAGCCUUCCCAUCUGCCUUGUUACUGGGAGGUAGAGAGCUCCAGGAAGGAGUUUAUUCAGUCCUGCUGGCCAGGCCAUGAGUAGAUGAAGCUAUAAAGAAAUACCAUGGAAGAGGUGUUUGACCUACUGAAGCUGAUUGAAUCUGUACAGAAGCUGAAUUCUGGAGCAGAAGAGACGGACCUGCAGGAAUCUGUGAAGACGGAGAGCCGGUGGAAAGUGUGGGUGAAGAAGCCAGUCACCUUUGAGGAUGUGGCAGUGAAAUUCACCCAGGAAGAGUGGGAGUGUCUAGAUGCCAUUCAGAGGGUCCUCUACAUGGAUGUUAUGUCAGAGAACUUCAAAAACUUGGUGUCUGUGGACAGAUUCUUUCUAACUGAUCUAGAUCUUGUCACCAAGCAUGAGCAAGAAGAGAAACAGGGGAGCACAGAUCUCUGGCCCCCAAAUGGAGAAGAACAAGAAGAGAAACAGGGGAGCACAGAUCUCUGGCCCCCAAAUGGAGAAAAACAAGAAGAGAAACAGGGGAGCACAGAUCUCUGGCCCCCAAAUGGAGAAGGCAUCUUACCAGAAGUCAAAAAGGAGGAAAUGAAGGAACAGAGUCUGAGUCCGAGAGGUGAGGGGACCAGCGAUGACAAGGACUUUGUUUGCAAAGGGGUAGGCCCAUCCUCUGCUCCAGCUGGGUCUGUGGAUGGGACACCAGAGCUCCCAGCAUCCGGGACUGGGCCACCCUUCUCCUGCCCCACCUGUGGCAGGUGUUUCAGCAAGCUCUCCAACCUCCACAGCCACCAGUUUGUUCACAAUCCCAAGAGGACUAACAACUGCAACCAGUGUGGGAGGUCAUUUCGGAACCCCAAGGCCCUCAGCUACCACAGACUCAUGCAUCUUGGGAAGAAGCCCUUCCAUUGCUCAAUCUGUGACAAAACCUACUGCGAUGCUUCUGGACUGAGUCGUCACCGCCGUGUCCAUCUGGGUUACCGGCCCCAUUCAUGCCCCUUCUGUUCGAAGUGCUUCCGGGACCAGUCUGAGCUCAAACGCCACCAGAAGAAGCACCAAAACCAGGAGCCAGUGGCUAGAAACCAGAAGCAUAUUGUGAGGAUUCCAGGCACCAAAGUUGGAUUCCAGAAACAUAUUUUCAGGAGCCAAAUGUCCGCACAGGGACUUACCACCGGAAACCACACACUAGUGGCCAGGACCCAGGAGCCCAAAUUUAGAACCAAGGGUCCUGUGGCUCAGCUCCAGCCAUGGACAGACAGGAGCCAGGCACCUCUAGCCAAGAACCAGGUGGUCAUUGUACGAACUCAAGCUCCAGUUCAUACAACUUUAGGGUCUGCCACCAAGAGCCAGGCGCCCGACACCAGAACUUCCUGCCUGGAUACCAGCUCCAACUCUCACUCAGAAAAGCUUUCAAAACGCAAGGUUUUUUCUUGCCCUCACUGUCCCUUGACUUUUAGCAAGAAAACUUAUCUCUUCAACCACCAGAAGGCCCACCUCCCAGAGCAGCCCCACUGCUGCUUCCACUGUGGCGAGUCCUUUGGCUCAUUCUCUGGGCUGGCCAGGCACCAGCAGACCCACUGGAAGCAGAAAACCUACUGCUGCCCUGUGUGUGAUGUCUGCUUUGGGGAGAAGGAGGGCCUGGUGGGUCACUGGGUCCGUCCCAAUAAGUGCUGGGUGAUCCUGGGGCAGAGGCUUGGCUUCCCCAUGGCAGGGGAGGAAAAGACUCUUCCAGGAUCCAUACCCCAAGGGGGAAGGGGAGAGGUCAGGGAGAAGGCAGGUGGAGGGGAGAAAGCAGAUGAGGCAGUGAGGGUCGUGAAACAUAAAUAAAUGGCCUUUCUGACUGAGGUCUUUCUUUGUGUUUGGUUUUCCUGAGGACGGACCUCCAGGGCAAGAAGGAUGCAGUAGAGAGAAGAUAAUGAAGUGCAGAAAGGAAGGAAAGGGGCAUGAGGUGGCACACAGAAACUCAUCAUUAAUUAGCACCCAGCUUGUUUCUUUGUGUCCGAUAGAUCAUCGAGUAGUAAUUGUUGAGUAAAACAGUGCAUGCGCUGACAGGUAUGAAGAUGGGAGCAAAAGGAGAGAGGAGGGAGGACCCUGAGGGCCCGUCAGUACAGGAGGUGGCGGUGAGCUGGCUAAAGCAGGGGCACUGCCAGUUCUCAUCCCUUGGCUGCUGGGACGAGAUGGAUACUAUGGGUCUCCCCAACUCCAGUGUUGGGUAGAGAGCUCAUAUCCUGACCCUGCAGCUCUCUUCGCUCUCUCUUUGAGAGUUUGGACUCUUCCUGUUCUUUCCCCUCUACCCUCUACAUCUCCAAGCACUGCCCAUGAGGGCUGAGGUCAUGGAAGAAACACAAUAACAUUGGCGCACUGUCAUUUGCUAGAACGAGGUUCCUGGUCUGCAUGAUUUUCAGCACAGAGACCCUCCCGUCAGGGCACUCUUCAGCAAGGGGAACUCUGGGAGAGAGAAGAGCACCGGCCUGGCCACGGCCAGAGGGCUUCAGGCGGAGGACCAGAGAGAGGAGUGGGAAGGUUAGGAGAGCAGAAAGGGGCAAAGAAAGGAGCCCGGGGAACGGAUGAGAACAGGUAGAUGACAGAAGAGAAAGCAGUCCUGUUUGGAAGUCAGAGCAUUCCUGGAAGUGGAGGUGGGAAUGUCCCUGUGGUGAGGAGACCAGUGAGUAUUCCACUUGAUGAGGCGACUUCCCCAAGGACCACUCCUUGGACAUACUGGGCUCGCCUUCACCCCUGCCAGAUGCAACAUCACUCAGAAGGGGUUUCCUAGAAGGAGGAGGAGGAAAAAAAAACUUGAAAAAUCUAUCAGUAGCUUCCAUCAUGAAACCAUUAAACUAGGCAGGGAAAAGGCCCCUGAGGCUGCUGUAGGGAAGGGCAUUGGCGUGGAGGCGGGCCCGAGGGAUGCGGCAGUGGAGCAAGUCAGGCAGCAGCCGAGCGCCCCAGUGUCCUUCCUGCCACCUGUAAAACUUGUCACUAACAGCUGGCUGCCUCUGAUUCCACCUCACAGGAGCCUUCCUCCACCUCUGCUCUGCAGCCCCCCCUUUCCUCUGGGAUCUUUAUCCCUUAACCGUGCACCCCUUCUCUUGUGCUGCCCUGACCCCACACCCCAACUUAUAAGAAGAAGAGAACUUACUUAGCUCUUCAAGAAAUUGCCCUGCAAACAAAGAAAAACCAGUUGGUGGCUGGUAGAAGAUGACUCGCUCCUCCCUGCAUCUUCCCUGGCGAGGUUCAUAGUGACCCACCCUUCCCUUCCACAAAGGGACCCCAGACAUCUCAGUAGUCCUCUGAGAAGCCUAGGCAGUCCAGGGGGCAGCAGGAAGGAAACCCUGGGCUCAGGGGUGCGUUUGCUGCCCGGGCACUGCACCUGCUAGUCUCCGAUGCAACCAGUUGUAGCAGAUGAUCAAGGCGACCAGGGGUCCGAGCACCGGCACUAUUACAAACAGGGUUAUCUUCCAGCAGGGCACCCUCAGGAAGUGGGGAUCUGGAUUGUUGACCACAGAACAAACAGGAUUAAUGUGUUUUCCAGAUGCCCAUCUUGUCCUCUCCAUUUUAUAUUGGGGUUUCUCAACCUGGGGUCCAUGAACACUGAAGGAGUUCCUGGGAUCUAGGGAAUAAGUCCAUGAAAUUAGGUGGAAAAGGCACUAUGUCUUUGUUUCCACAAACCUUGAUUGAAUUUAGCAUUUUCUUCCAUAAAAGUGUAAUCAACAAACCUGUGACCUCACUAAUGGAAACCACAGAUACUCUCAUUUCAUUCCAAUUAAAGUUGCAGAAAUUUCAAAAUAUUGUGUAGGUUUAUAUUUUGAAAUGACAAGCUAUCAGAUC